AUGUCUCUAUACUGUACUCGAGCUACUUAUGGUUAUUUUAUUCAUAUAAAGUCCUUUAUACAUAAACCAACAUUAUAUAUGAGUCCACAUAUAGGUAAUGAUGUUGAAGAACAAUAUCUAUUACAACGGCAUGAUCGUCCUACUCGAUCAAAGGAACAAUCUGACUUAAUGAUUGAAUUGUUAGAUCUUCAUCCUGAUAUGAUUGUUGCUGAUGUUGGUGCUGGUACUGGUCGUAUUGCAUUUAAAUUAGCAAAACAAGUAGCUCCCAACGGAACUGUUUAUGCUAGCGAAAUUCAUAGUUCAUUGCUUCGUCAAAUAGUCACAAAUGCAAAGGAACAACAUAUAAAAAAUAUUAUACCUAUAUUAGCUACAAUAAAGCGACCAAAUCUUCCGUAUAAUCUCUUUGAUUUAAUUAUAAUGGUUAAAGUAUACCAUGAAGUAUCACACCCCGUACCAACAUUAAAAGGUUUACGGAAAGCGUUAAAACGGAAUGGACGUUUAAUAUUAAUUGAAAAUCGUCCAGUAGAUUCAACAAAAUCUGUUUAUAAUGAUCAUACAAUGUCUGUAUCACAAGCAAAAUUGGAAUUAGAAGCUAAUGGUUUUAAAUUUAUAAAAGUUAUUGAAUUAUAUCCAUGGCAAAAUAUGAUAAUAUUCGAAAAACGUUUAAAACAUAGGCGUCCAAUUAAGUCGAGUAGACUGUAA